AUGUCAGAGUCGAAUACCGUGUUGAUCACCGCCGGUCCUUACCAGUUUCUAGCGAGCUUCGAAUCGGCGGCUCCAAAAACAGUGGCCAUGUUCCGCAAGCUGCUACCUUACCGGCAGCAGCUCAUCCACGUUCGCUGGAGUGGUGAGGGCAUGUGGGUGCCGUUGGGCGAGACGGACUUUGGCGUGCCGUUUGAGAAUCACACUGCGCAUCCAGGUGCAGGGCAGAUUCUGCUAUAUCCCGGCGGAAUCUCCGAGACGGAGUUCCUCUUUUGCUACGGAGGUGUUGCGUUUGCUAGCAAAAUGGGUCCAUUGGCGGCAAAUCACUUUUUGACCAUUACAGAGGGCGCAGAGAAUUUGCGCGCUCUCGGCGAAUUGGUGCUCUGGAAGGGAGCUCAGAAUGUGGUGUUUGAACUCGCAGAUGAAGAAACAAUCAACAACUUUAGAAAAGCUCGCUCUGCAAAAUUAUAGAAAUGCGGACAUGUUUAAAAUAAAAAGGGGUAUCAUUAAAGCAUGCGCGAAAUUAAAAAUCCAAUAAUCACAUCAAAACCGCUGUUGGACAACAAAAUCUAAAUAUUCAGCAUCCAUCCACCUCCCAUUCAGGGGGGAAGUCUGUCGAUAAAUUGAGUAAAUUACCAGGCCAAUCGAAUCCAGAGUCAUUCAUCAUGUCCAAAAGCGAUUGUAAAGCCGAGCC